AGAAAAUCCCGGCAGACGCCACAUUUCUGGGCACCCAGUACUUGUCCUACAAUUUGUCUAGCAAGGGUGACGUCAUGGCCAGCAACCAGGACCAAAUUAUGUUUGACUUCCGGACCAAACAGGCUAGCAGUUUGCUGUUUUAUACAGGAAACGGUAAGGAUUACAUCACUGUUGGCCUACUAGAUGGGGGCAUAUUCUUGUCUGUCAACCUGGGGUCAGGCCUGUUCGAAGAUGAAAUCCGACCUAGCCACACCCGCUUUGACGACAAUCGCUGGCAUCAAGUGGUCAUUCGCAGGGAAGCCAAAGAGCUGACUAGGGACGAGGGCGUCUGCUAUAUUAACAUAGAUGUAGACGGCAUGUACCGAAAACAAGGAAGUACAUCAGGCAAGUUUGUGCGGCUGUCCAGCAAUGUCAUGUACAUCGCCGGAAGCCCUCAGACGUCAAAGCUGGCGGGGUCAAAGGUCGGAAACAAUUUCAAAGGAUGCAUGAGAAAAGUCAGAUACCAGGCAGACAGUAUCAGACUAGACCUGACCGAACUGGCGCGGAAAGAACAUGGAUUACUGGACGUGGUCGGCGAUGUCAUCUUUGACAAGUGUCGGGAGCUGGUGGAGUCUCAACCUGUCACCUUUACAACACAGGAAUCCUACCUCACUGUUCCUACCUGGGACAGAACCAGCUCAAAAGGAUCUUUAGCAUUCCAGUUUAGGACCGUGGAGUCUGGUGGUCUCAUGAUGUACAGCAAUGGUGAUAAAUACAGCAGAGAUUUUUUUGCACUGGAACUGUUAGAUAAUCAUUUGCACCUUAUCAUUGACAUGGGGUCAGGGAUUCUGAAGGUACAGGCGAGCAAACUCCCAGUGACAGACGGCAACCCUCAUGAUGUCUACUUUGAGUAUACAGACAACAAAGGAUACAUCUCCAUCGACGGACAGAAGGAACCCUUCUCCUCGCUGCGAGUGUCAGACAGACUUGACCUCCACGGCCACCUGUAUGUGGGAGGUUUAGGUCCAGAGAUCAACGUCUCCAGUCUGCCCAGAGAGCUGUGGGCCGCCAUGCUGGGCCUGUCCUAUGUUGGCUGCCUUCAGGAUCUGGUUCUCAAUGGCAAUCAAGUGGAUCUUGUCGAGGCCACCAAACAACAAAACAAGACAGAUGUGGUUGGAUACUGUAGAAAGCUAGAGCGUCAGUGUUUGAGCCUUCCUUGCAACCACAAUGGACGAUGUAUAGAAGGCUGGAACCGCUUCACUUGCGACUGUCGAGCUACAGGAUACGUUGGCAGCGUCUGUCAGACAGCUGCGGUGACUCUGAGAUUUGACGGAACACAGUUUAUGAAGGUUACCAUGGCUACAGAGUCGGUUACACAAGCAGAGGACAUCUCACUGAGGUUUCGAACCAUGCAUCCAAAUGGACUUCUCUUCCUAACGGCGGGCGAGAAAGGCGAUGGGAUGGAGUUGUAUCUGGAGGGAGGGGUGCUCUAUUUGUCCGUUGAUGUCGGCAGUGGUGCCAAGAUUUUGUCAGCCGGCCACACUCUCAAUGAUGACCGUUGGCACACCGUUUUCAUCAAACGCAGAAUGCAAACUGUUGAGAUGGCAAUCGAUCAGGACAGACCCGUUACAGACAUAAUUCCUGGUAGCUCUUUCUCACUGGUAACAUCAAGAAUCUAUGUUGGCCGUGUGUCCAUAUCAACAGAUAUCAAUGCCAACCUGCCUGGUCGAGCGAAAGAGCUGGGACUGUCCAGUGUGGAGGCUGGACACAUGGCACAGCAGGACGAGGCAAGCUCUGGCCACCGUUCUGGCUUCAUUGGCUCUAUGCAAACUUUUAUCUUUAAUGGCAAUAAUUUUUUCCAGAUGGCAAAGUCAGACACAGGAGACAACAUAGAAAUUUCUGCUCACCUCAGCUCAGACGAGUACGUUGUACGAGAUCCAGUAACCUUUAAGUCAGUGGAUGCAUACGCCAUCUUACCUCGGUUGCAAGCUCAUGACAAGUUUUCAAUAUCCCUGCAGCUAAAGACAACAGAAAAUGAUGGCUUGAUAUUGUACAAUGGUGGGGCUGGCCAGGAUUUUUUUGCCAUGGAAUUGUACCAGGGAUUUUUUUAUUAUGUCUAUGACAUGGGGGAAGGGCCUCAGCGUGUGAAGGCCAAUGUCAACCAACCUAUAAAUGACAAUAAGUGGCACGAGGUGCGUUUACUACGAGCAGAAACAUACAAACAACUUCUGCGAGUGGAUGACAACACACCAACAAUUGAUGAUCUUUCUGGUGCCAAAAAUAACAAAUUUGACCUGGAUGGUCACUUGUACAUUGGAGGAGUACGGAAGACCAUGUACCCAUCACUUCCGAAACAUAUCUACUCUCAGCAUGGUUUUGUUGGCUGUCUAGGAUCCCUAGAUCUCAAUGGGUAUUUGCCAAAUUUGUUGCGAGAAGCAAGUCCGAUUCAUGAAAGUGUGGGAGAUGGCUGUAGAGGUCCGCUGACCAAAUGUGUGAAUGACUCCUGUGCAAAUCAUGGCCGAUGUGUACAACAGUGGACCUCUUACAAAUGUGACUGUGAUAUGACCUCAUAUACUGGACCAAUGUGCAAAGAUGAGAGUGUGUCUUUCAAGUUUGGACCAGGGCCAGGACUAAUCACCUUUGCUUACCCUGAAGGUCAGGAACCAUCUACAAACUUUGAGAGUUUAGCCUUCGGUUUCCAGUCAUUUCAGGAAACGGCUGUCUUGUUGCGGAUUGACAGCAAAACUUUUGAUGACUUCAUUGAGUUGGAACUGGUCAAUGGUUACAUUUACCUCGUCUACAACAUGGGGACCAUGAACCACCCUCUCGGCAGCCUCUACCAGAAGGUCAAUGAUGGCCGCUACCAUGUGAUCCGUUUCACUAGAGCUGGACCCAAUGCUACACUUCAGAUUGAUUCAGAUAUCCCCCAAACCAAAAAUCCAACAGGUCAACAGAAUCACAUUUUCAACAACCAAGCAUUCAUUCGGAUUGGAGGAAAGAAAGCAAGCAAUGGGACUAUCAUGCAUCAUUUUGAGGGGAUCAUUUCAGGUGAUAAACUGACUAGUAAUGAAAACAUUGCUGAGAUGCAGUCGACACAAAGG